AUGGAGGUUCUCAACGCCGAACCAAUAGACCUUUGCGUGGAGGUUCCGCCGACAGGAUAUGUCGUGGAUAUGCCCUCGUUAGAGGGAGAAGGCGAUCAACCAUUUGCUUGCCCGCAUUCGAGCUGUGAUGGCUUCACCUUCGAAACGAUAGAGGAAUGCCGCAUCCACGAGGAUGAUUGGCACAACCCUCCCUAUUUCUGCUCCGAGUGCGACUCAGCUUUUGCUGCGAGACCGGCUUUGAAGAGACACUUCAAGGCCAGCGGACACUUUAAUUGGAUCUGCCUCGAGGAUAAAUGCGACAAGAAAGGCACCUUAUUUGCAAAUCAAUCCGAGUUUGUGGUUCACGCUUUGAAUGCGGCAGGCCAUGAACAUCUUUUCCUAGAAGAACCUCUUAGCAGCCCCGUUUCCGUCAAAAAGAUCAACUAUGCUGAGGUUGUAAACCUCAUGGAAGGAGAGACGACGGAAGAAUGCCCGUCGGAAGAAGAGGGCGAGAUGUGCCUGGAGCCAUCUUGCCGCCGAUACCAGCAAGUAUUCCACACUGAGAGCGAAUUUACCCGACACAAAGAAUCGCACAACCACGUGAACGCCAUCAAGUACUCCGAGUUCCUUCGAGAAUCUGGAAAGUCAAUCACCGACAUCAUGGCUGAGCAAGAAGCUGCUAGAGAGUUCCGGUGCACUGCCGAGGGCUGUCCCAAAUACGGAGAGAGGCUCAAGACAACUCAGAGCUACCAUAAUCAUAUUGGGACUGAGCAACAUCUGCACCCUCGAUCACCAUCUGACCCGACUUCUCCGACGUCCGAGAUUCGACUCAAGUUUGCUCAAAUCAGUCUUGCGUGCGAUGAGCCCGAGUGCCCCAAGUUCCAGCACUCUUUCCUCAACAGGGGAAACCACACGAAGCAUACAAAGUCCGUUGCACAUUGUAAGGCGGUAGAGUAUGGAAGUUGGAAGAGAUCUUUUGGCAGCUCUAGCACUGGAGAUGAGGAGAACACCAAGAUACAGACUCCUGAGAAACAGAAGCCAGCUGCUACAGCGCCGCCGCCGUCGACUCCUCACAUUUGGACCCGAAGUCUGUUUACUCCCAUCAGUCCGGCGGCUACCGACUCUACAUAUGCCCAGCUUACUCAAUUCGUCACCCCUACGAAGCGGCCGGUUCAAGACAUUGCCCUCAUGACGCCGCCAUCGUGGAGGGAAGAGAACUUGAGAAAGAGGAAUCGUGAAUUGGAGGAUGAGCUCGAGCGCAUGAAAGAGAAAAUGGACAGGAUGAGAUCUGCUUACCAAGAGCAAAUAAGCUCAUUGUUCCAGACCCUCGGAGAAACUCAAGACCGCAACCGGCGAUGA